UAAGUGGCAGUUUUAAUUCGGGUGCUGAGGAGUUCGCACAACACUUGUGGAAAAAUGUUGCGCUUUGCUUUCAUUAUUUUGUUCCAUUGUGUUUUAUUUUUCCAGAUCAGAUUUUGCUUCGCCCAGGAUAAUGAAUCAAGUAAAGCGUGCGAUUGCAUUUGCGAUUCUGCAGUCCAACUCGGUGUCAUUGAAGAUAAUAUCGUUAAAGAUCGCAGUAGUGAAGUUAAUACCGACACAAAAAAGUCGGAAAGCGAAAAGCAACCCUUAAACGACAAUAAAACUUCGGAAAUCGAAAAGCCUUCACCUACGAAACAAGGAUCAGUAUACACACCGUCUAGUUGUAUAGAAGCAACAGCUGCAACCUCUAAGAGUGGUGUUUACAAAAUUCAGAUACCACAGCUUAACCUCAACAGCGUGGAUGUGUAUUGUGAUGAGGACACUGAUGGAGGCGGAUGGUUGGUUGUUCAACGGCGUGUAAGUAACGCAGUGGAUUUUUUUAUAGGUUGGAAUUACUAUAAAUUGGGAUUUGGCGACAUAAACGAAAACUAUUGGAUCGGUUUGGAAAAAUUGCACACACUCACUAGUAGCUGUGAACAGGAGUUGUAUAUAAAACUAAAAAAAGAUACUGGCGACGUAUACUAUGCAAAAUAUUCAAAAUUUCUUAUUGGUUCCGAGUCAGAGGAGUUUUCUUUGAAGGAAUUGGGUACUUAUAGCGGCACUGCUGGCGAUUCCUUAACUUAUCAUUUGGGAAUGAAAUUUACAACGCUUGAUCGUGAUAAUGAUGAGGAUCCAGAUAGAAAUUGUGCUCAAAAAUUUAAGGGGUGUUGGUGGUUUAAAUUUUGCUAUUAUAGUCACUUGAAUGGAAACUUCAAUGCAAUUCAUAGAUACGGUAUAAACUGGCAUGGUAUUGAAAAGGAGUUACCUUUACGAUAUUCGGUAAUGAUGAUACGACCUACACAAAAUUGCUGGAGAAAACUAAUGAAAAACAGUUUAAAUCGAGGUUUUUAAGAAACACGUUUCCAUUUUAACUAUUUGCAUUUCGAACGAGCAUUUUUAUAUAGUGUAUUAAUCAAUACUACAAAUUACAAUACCAUUAAUUUUUCAAUAUACCUUACUUGUAUUCAA